UUUCUCAAGGAGGAAGAGGUGCUGGACAAGGUGGAGAUCUGGGCACAGAAGUACCUACAUGCUCACCCUCUCUGGUUCGGGAGUUUCUCAGCAUUCCUGGUUGUCACUGAUCCUGACUAUGCCAAGGCUGUGUUGGCCAGGGGAGAUCCCAAGGAUAACAUCAGCUAUAAACACCUUGUCCCGUGGAUAGGGAAUGGGUUGCUGAUCUUACACGGGCCAAAAUGGCACCAACAUCGAAAACUCCUGACUCCGGGGUUUCAUUAUGAUGUCUUGAAGCCGUACGUGGCCCUGAUGGCAGAGUCUACUAACGUGAUGCUGGAUAAAUGGGAACAGCUGAUCACAGACGGGAAACCAGUGGAGCUCUUUGAGCACGUCAGCUUGAUGACGCUCGAUAGCAUCAUGAAGUGUGCCUUCAGUUGUCACAGCAACUGCCAGACCAACAGGAAAAAUACCUACAUCCAGGCUGUCUAUGACCUAUGCCACAUGGUACACCAGCGCCUCCGCAUCUUCCCGUACCACAACGACAUCAUUUACUGGCUCAGCCCCCACGGAUAUCGGUUCAGGAAGGUCUGCCAGCUCGCUCACGACCACACAGACAAGGUGAUCCAUGAGCGAAAGGAGUCCCUUAAAGAUGAACGGGAAUUUGAAAAGAUACAGAAGAAAAGACAUUUGGACUUCUUGGACAUUCUGCUGUGUGCCAAAGUGAGUGGCAAGGAGUGA